AUGUCGUCUUGUCUAUGAAUUCGUGACAAGCACGCUCAGCACGCUGCGCGAUCAGCGCUGCAUCUGUUGAAUCUAAUUGUGCCCUAAAUUUUCCAAUGCCUACUUAAACUAUACAAAACAUUUUUCUGAUAUAGUGUUGUGAGUUGUAGUCUGCCUCACGUGGCUCUUUUAUUCCGUGAAGUCGUUAUUUGACAAUUCAAAAUUCCAGAAGACGGCAAUGGCGCCACAAAAAGGAAAACAAGGAACCAAGGGACAAAAGCAGAUAGUAGAAGAGAAUAAACAAACCAUCAAGUUCUACAGCAUUAUGGCAGUUGCAGCACUAGCUGUUCACCUCAUCGCACACAUGGUUCUGUGGAGGGAUUCUAUUACAUUGUCUUACAUGCUGCUGUUCCUGUUCUCAUUGCUCGUCUACGGUGGGUGCAUCCAAACAAUGCGGUACAUGGCUCGAGCAUCCUAUUCAGAAACUGGCCAACUCUUGGAUGGUGGCCUGGACCUCAACAUGGCACAAGCUGGCAUGGGCGAGCAUCUGAAAGACUUGGUCAUCUUCACUGCCUGUAUACAAACACUUUCACUGGCCUCAACGUAUGCCUGGAUUUUAUGGCUUGUGGCUCCUGCAUAUGCAUUCUUCUUACUCUGGGUCAACGUUUUGGGACCAUGGUUCUUCCAGCCAGCGCCUCCGGAGGUAGAUGACAAAAAACAGAAGAAAUUGGAACGCAAGAGCAGACGACAUUAAAAGACUACUGUCGUAUGUGCAUGUACAUUAUUUUGUGUGCUGGUUCAAGAUAGGUUGAGAGUUGGAUAUGCUUACAUUGAUUGCCGAUAUUCAGAGGUUGAAAUUAAGUAGGUGCAUGCACUGCAAUAUUUGGUUUUGAAGUCACAAGAUGAAAUAUCUGAAGUAAAAUGAAAUUGUUGGACUUUACCCUAAAAGGCUCUUUACCAUAUAUAGGAGGCACAUGCAGUCUUACUUUUGCUCAAGGUUCAGUGGUUGAAUUGCCAUUGACAUUCACAAAUGUGAAAAUAAAAGAUGAUGUCGGAAAUAUUCAUGAAGCCAUGGAUUGAUAAAGUUGAGAUUAUGUGGCUUGCUAUUGUUUUUGUCUAUUUAAUUUUUGAUGCCAUCUGAUUCCCAUUGGUGGCAUUUUUUUCACUAAUGUCUGUUUUCAUUUGGUGGUUCCACUUCCAUUCAUUGUUCUGCACAGGAACUUAGUGACCAGCUUGUUUUUCUGUCGUGCUCGGAGGGGCUUUUGCACUGAUAACAUAAACAGACUGUGACAAAUAACGCAUCACAGUAAUGAUUCACCAAAGAAGGAUAAAGGGUAGUGCUCUUGCAUUGUGUAAUUUGAAGUGUUGCCAUGGUUCAGCUUUCUUGUUCUACUGUUGAUAAUAAGAGAAUAGAUAUUUAUAUCCGCUAGGGUGUCUAUGAUUUGAGGAGAGAAUACAAAAAUUCUUGUGUACUGAUAGUACUUAGGUGCACAUUAAGGGACUCUAGGUGAUCAUAAGCAAUCUGUAGCCAUUCACCAUGGCAUUUGCCAUAGCCAGGGUGGCGCUUUUGGAUGCAAGGUCGAUUAAUCAAUCCAGUCGGUCAGUCAGUCAGUCAGUCAACCAGCUGUCCCAAAUGACUGAAAUAAUAAUUUCCAUGCUGCUUCAAUGCUUGUAGGUCCAAUAGUUUACUGUUAUCAGCAAAGCCUUUGUUCAGCACAAUGCAUUGGUGGGCUAGUUGGUGUGAAUCCAUAAUUACUUUGUUUAGCGCAAAACAACGGACACAAGAAAGACAACAGACGUCUUUCUUGUGUCUGUUGUUUUGCGCUAAACAAAGUAAUUAUGGAAAGCUUUUGUUAGUUGCAAUGAUCUAUUUGCAUGGUACUGUGGGGAAUGAACGCAAAAGCUUCUGGUGAUGGAUUGUAGAGUUGAUUACAUAAUUCUUGCCAGAUCUCCUUAUUGAUGACUGAGCAGUAUUGCAUACGCAGUCUCAACAAUAACACUUCUAUCCUCUCUGUAGGAAAGUAAGAAUUAAGUCAAGGAGUGUCAAAUGACAUUGUGCAAAUAGCCUGUGCGAUUGAAUUUGGCACUAGUGCGUGCGUGUGUGUGUGUGCGCGUGUGUGUGUGCUGUGAUGUGCACCACCAUUGGGAGAGGUGUGCUCAUGUGUUCAAGGUUGUGAAAGUAUGUUGCCAUUGCAUGAUGGGCUCAAGAGCCGUGAAUAAAACCCCCUUGGCCACUGAA